GGAAAUGCGAUGGGUUCGUCAUGCGGUCGCUUCCAUUAGCAAGGACAGGGGCCAGAGGAGGUCAAGUUCCGACAGGAAUCGACUCUGAGAGGAAAGGAUACACCCGUCAAUGGAGCCCUUGCAUGACCAUGCAGGCUGAGAAGAGCAGGAGAGCUGCUCUGAUUGAGAUAGCCAAAGUCGCUUUGCUGGUUCCCAGCCUAGCACUUGCUGAUGAUGACGUGAAGAGGGGCAGUCAACGCGGAGUCUUCAUCACAGAGCAGGAUUUUCCGUACCUCAAAGGAAGAUACCCACCAAGGAGGCUUGACUUAGGAAGCGCUCCUCAACAGAGCAAGGACAAGCUUGUCUUCAACGCAUUCGGUGAAUGUGUCAAUGACUCCUGCCAGUAUGUUCCUAUCAAGCAGAGGUACGACGGGUACAAGAAAUACAAGGCUUCCAUCAAUCUGUGCUCUGAUUUGCUGCGAACACUUCACGACACGUUGGGCAACCCCAUGUCGGACGAGGACAAGAAGAAGUCCGAGAAGCUGCUGAGGCGAGCAGUCCUGUUCGCAGACGCCCUGCUCAUCAGUGAGAACUACGGGACAAGCAACGAGGCGCUAGUGUCCAGAUUCUACGUGAAUGAGGCAUACUACGCUUCGUUGCAGCUAGCUGAGGCUUCCAAGAAAGGAGACGCAGCGAGGUCUAAGGAGAUGUGGGAGCUGUGGAGGGACAGCUGGAACUCUUAUCUCAUCAUCAUCAAUCGUGCCAUCGUCCCAAAAGUUGGAGAGAAGUUCGAACUGAUCAAGGAUAUUUGA